CGUUUAGUUGCGGUUUAUUUAUGAAUUCCACCUGUUUCAGCGAUUUAAUAACAUGCAGGAUGCCGUUUAAACUGAAAUUAAAAAAGUCCCGUCACUACAGCGUGGUAUCGAAAUCGCUCUUCGUGAUAUCCGUCGAGAUACUAGACGGGACCAACGUCGAAUGUACCCUGUCUUCGGAGAGCACCGGCCAGGAUUGUUUGGACGUUGUAUGCCAAAAGCUGAGCUUGAAUCAACCCAAAUUCUUCGGGCUCCAAUACAUUAGCAAAAGCAGAGACGGUAAUCUAUGCUGGUUAGAAUUAGAUAGGCCGAUCAAGCAACAACUCGAUAAACAUGCCAGGGGUCUGUGUGUUUACCUCAGAGUCAUGUACUACGUUAUUUCUGGCGUAUCGCUCUUUAACGAUGAAGUUACUAGGUACCAUUACUUCCUGCAGUUGAAACAGGACGUCAUCGAAGGCAAAAUAUCCUGUACACCACAACAAGCCGUAGAGUUGGCGAGUUACUCGAUGCAAGCGGAAUUCGGCAACUUCGAUGCGGAAAGGCACACUUCGCAUUACCUCAAAGACUUCCAACUGUUCCCGAAGAGUUUCACCGAUAACGCUCUUUUGGAAACCCUAACGGAGGCAGCUAGUAGACAGCACUCGGCUCUUCACAAUCUACCGCAGGGGACUGCAGAGGAGUAUUAUAUAUGCGCCUGCCAACGUUUAGACGGAUACGGGCAGGAAGUUUAUGCUGCAAAAGACCGCGACGGGGUAGAUACGCUAAUAGGGAUUAGUUUAAUGGGAGUAUACAUUAGUUAUCCGGGAGGAAAGGAAGGACGUCAUUUCGGGUGGUCUGAUAUAUGUAAUGUUACCAAUCACAAACUGCUCUUCACUAUUGAACCUAUAGGUGAUGCGGGAAAGGUGGAAUUUCAAUUCAGUAACGAAGAAAGCGCCAAAAACGCUUGGUGUUUUUGCGUUCUUCAACACAUUUUCUUCAGACAGUACGAGAUGAACAGUCUCGACAACGAGAAAUCGUUGCCGAAACCGCCGAUCUUUCAGCAAAACGAGGACAAAUCGAGGCAAAAAGGCAGUUACGAAGACGUUACCAAUUCGAAUUUGCAAUGGGACAGACCGGUCUCGUCCACGCAGAGCUUGAGCCACCGAGCGCAGUCUACGUCUUGUUUGGAUCUCAAUCAGCAAGCCGAUCUGGAAGCACUCAGAAGUUUAUUACCGUCUUAUCGACCUGCUCCGGAUUACGAAACCGCCAUGCAGCAGAAGUACCGAAAUUCCUCAGGUGCCAUAUCGUCGAGGGAGCCCGUUCGAAACGCCCAUCCGAUACUAUACAGUUCCCAACCGGAAAUCCAUCAAUCCGACGGCUAUCCGACUCACCUGCACUAUCCGGACGUCACUCUCACUCACAACAACAUCGAUCCGCAGAAGAACGUGGCGUACAACGCGGCAUUUCCGAGAUCCUCCCAUAUGACGGAGAAUACCGCGGGCGUGUUGCACGCGUACAAAUCGCCGCCCCCGUAUCCCGCCAAUAAAAUCAGUUCGAAUUCGACGCCGGAUUUGGCGGGCAUUUCGCAACAGCUGAAGCCGCAUCCCGGUUUCGUGGGCAACAUCGUCAGCGGUUCCAGUCCCGAUUUGGUGUCGGGCGGGAAUUUCUACUUGAGGCACAUUUAUUCAGGUCAUCCCGCUCAUCCCGUCCAUAGAUCGCACAGUUAUCUACCCCCGCAACACGGCACGUACGAAAAUUUGGCUUCGAUUUUCAACAACAACAUGCUGGGCAGGCCUCAGGCCGUCAUCGUCGAGAAUCCGAACAUAACGAAGCACAUCAAGAAAGUGUACGAUGAACACGGGAACAUCAUCUAUUGCAUGCCGGCGAAUAUGAAGCAAAUUUUGCACGAAAAUCAGUUGCCUAGUACCGGUUUCGUGGUAACGCGCAACCAGAAUGCAAUGGUGGCGCACGAUCGUCAUUUGAACAAUUCGACCGAGCCCAUCUACGAGAACAUACCGUUGCCUUGGCAGAAUGAGGGCGAGAUGAGGGGGCGCACGCAGAGCAUCCAUUCGGCGCCCGAGAUCAGCCAGGUCGUUAACCAUUCGGUGGUGAACGCCGUCCAAUCGCAGAUGCAGAAGCUCAAUUUGAACAACAACGGCCAGCAAGGCAGCAGAGAGAACGUGUACGUGAACAUCGACCGCUUGAAAUCGUCCUCGAAGAGCAACGUAAACUCGCAAAACACCACCGGCGGUAGUCACAACACGAACGACAGCAUGCGCUCCGGCCACGGAGCCCUGGAAACCACCCAGCUGUCGGACGUGUCGGCGGCGGCGCCGCCGUCCGAACGAUCCGUCGACGGCAAAGCGUCGUCGAUGUCGGGCGUCGCGACGCCGUCGUUUAGGGAGGGGAGCGCGGGCGUCGUCGACGAGAGCAGCUUCGAUUCGACGGCCUCGUCGAACGCGAGCACGAAAUCGAAGAAGCGCCGAUGGGGCAUUCUGAUCGGCCGCAGCAAGUCCGGGGAGAAGGUGAAGAGCGCCACGUUGGGCAGGGAGAAGAAGAAGAAGGACGAGGACCAGAACCAGGGGAAUAACAGACACAGGUGGUCGACCGGUUUGCCGCGGUUCAAUCCGUUGCCGCCUUCCAUCAGUAAGGAAACUAUGUGCCAAAUAUUAGAAAAUAAACUCGGAGACAGUCAAUUAUUCUUCGAGUUCGAUAAAAUACCGAAGAAGAAACAAAACGCCGAAUUCAAAACGGCCCUCCUACCGGAGAACGCGACUUUUAACAGAUUCAAAGACGUGCUUCCCUACGAAGAUAAUCGAUUGAGACUUACGCCGACUAAAAACAAUAAGCACGGUUACAUUAACGCUUCUCACAUCACGGCUACCGUGGGCAGCAAACAAAGAUUUUACAUAGCAGCUCAAGGGCCCUCCACUCAAACUUUGCCUCACUUUUGGCAGUGCGUUUGGGAAGCCGAAGUAUAUCUAAUAGUGCAGUUAACGGAUCCGUCCGAAGAUAUAACGUACCUUCCCGAUGCCGGGGAAAGGUGCAUCGAUGUUGAUCAGGAUUACCAAAUAUGGUGGGAGUUUUCGCAGAAAACCGGCCACUGUGUUACCAGCAAGGUGCGCCUGUGCCACGUGGCGUCGCGACGCUACCGUACAAUAUGGCAUCUCCACUACACCGAUUGGGGCGACCAAUGGGGCUGUCCGAACUCCGUGUCGCAUUUCCUGGGGUUCUUGGAGGAAAUGCAAUCGGUCCAUCAGCACUCGAUGGGCGAGAUUCCGCCGGGGCACAACAAAAAUCCGCCCAUAUUGGUGCAUUGCACCGCCGGAGUGGGUCGAACGGGUCUCACCAUUUUAAGCGAUCUGUUGUUGUACACGGUCGAUCAUAAUCAGGAGGUGUGCAUACCAAGAGUAGUGGGAUUGCUCCGUCAGCAACGUGCUUAUAUGAUCCAAACUAUAGCUCAAUAUAGAUUUGUCUAUUCGCUAUUAAUACACUAUCUCAAGCAAACCAGAUUAAUAUAGGAGUUUUUAGUUUUUAGGGUCUUUUAUUACCACAGCGUGCAAUUUUUAUUAUUUCCGAAGCGUUGUUGUUUUGUGUGUGAUUUUUGCAGCUAUAUUUACAUUAAGGCGAUCAAUACGACAAUAAUUUGGAAAAAUAAUUUUUAAAGAGAUUAAUAUUAGUCGCCCUUUAUCAUUACAAAUCUAUAGAUUCGAUAUUAAUUUAUUUAAAAAAUUGAUUUUGACUAAUAUUGUUAGUUCUUAGUACUUUUCUCAAAUAUUACAAAUAAAAAUUUGGAGAUUUAUAAUAAUUGUUAAGAUGCAAUAUAAUAUAGAAAACAGCCUCUUUGAAUUUAUCCAGAUAGUUAAUUUCUUUAUUGUGUCCAUAUAUUUAUUGUUUACGACAAUAAAAUUAAUAGUAUUGUUAUUGAAGAGAGUCCAUAUUUGUACUUAAUUAGGCUGUUUUCAACGCAUUUUAGUUUUACGGUAAAUUUGAGUCUGAUUUUCGCGUGCCUCUUUUGCGUUUAUUGUUACUGUACAAUUUUUAAUUUUAAUUAUUAUUAACCAGAUAUGUUUGUAGUAUUUUUAGAAUUAAGAUACAUACAAUGUUUUAGCGUGAGUGUUCAAGGAUUGUUGAGAAUUUUUAUAAAGUGACAUUAAUACUAAUUUUCUAUAGCGGAAAAUGUGAUGAAACAUGUCAGUAAGCUUUUUUAUUUAAGUUUUAUCGGAGCAAUGUCGAACAUCCGUAUAUUAAACGUGCCUUUAAAUACAAACCGUAUCUGAAUGAUAUUUUUUCUACAUACAUAAGUAUUUUAUUAAUUGUUGAAAUUAGGGAUGUAUUUUAUAUUUGCACAUUUUGUUCAACUAAAAUGUGACUAAAUUGAAUUAACGUGAACUUUAUUAAGGCUGUGUAAAUAAUCAUUAGGCAACGCUAUAUUUGACAUUGUUUUUUUUAAUAAUAAGUAACAUGUAUUUUUUUAUUGUGAUUUUCGAAUCAGUGCCUUAUUUAUACCAUUUUAUUUUUUGCAAGUGAUUCGUGUAUUUACGCAAUUGUAUUAUUUAAAAGUUAAUAAACUGCCAUUAAAAAUUCAUCUUUUCAUUAUAAUGGUAUCCACAUAAGAGCUAGAGACAGGCUAAGAGUGGACUAAUUAUCUAAAAUACUCGUUAAAAUGGACAAUAAUUACUAAUUAAUAGAGCUUGGAAAAUAUGCAA